AAACAGUCUUCAAUGUAAUGCUUUAGGGCAGGGGUGUUGCUGCGGUCUUCUCACCGAUGGGAACCCCGAUCUUUGAGAGUUGAGAGGAACAGAGGAACAAAGGAACAAGCAUUCCUCCGCUUCUUCGUGUUGGUGUGGUAGUCAUCGCAACAAUCACAUUGUCACAUCAACACAACUCUCUAUCUAUCUAUCUAUCUAUCUAUCACCUCUACAACUAAUUGAUUGAUUAAUUGAUUACCAUGACAGACUCUUCUUCAUCUCUUGCUGGCAAGCACGUCUAUGUGGCCAUGUUGACGGCGGGUGGUUUGGCCCCCUGUCUUUCGUCGAGCAUUGCGCAGCUUUCCGUGUACUGGAUUGCGGCACUCAAAGAAGGCAAGAUUUCCGGGUUGACUUUGCGCAUGUACCGUGCGGGCUACAAAGGACUCUUGACGGGAGAUUCCUUUGUGUUGGACGAAAAGGAAUGGGAAGAUAUUGAAUCGCUCAAUUUCUUGGGUGGUUCUCCCAUUGGCAAUUCUCGUGUCAAGUUGACCAACGAAAAAGAUUGUAUUGCCAAGGGAUAUGUCAAGGAGGGAGACACGCCACUCGAAGUGGCAUCGCAACAACUGCUCAAGGACAAGGUCCAUGUCUUGCAUACCAUUGGUGGAGAUGACACCAAUACACAGGCCGCGUCUCUCUCCAAAUAUCUAUUUGAAAAACAUCACGGAAAGGUCGUUGUCGUGGGAAUGCCCAAGACGAUUGACAAUGAUGUAUACCCCAUUGUCCAAACAUUUGGUGCCAACACGGCCGCCAUUCAAGGCGCCCAAUUCUUUGCCAAUGUCGUCAAUGAAGCCACUGCCAAUCCACGCAUGCUUGUCUUGCAUGAAGUCAUGGGACGAGACUCGGGAUACCUCACCGCCGCCACGGCCGCCGAGUAUCGCAAGAUUUUGGCCGCACAAACCUUUCCCGCCUCGACGGCCUUUAAAUUCUGUGUUCGAAACAGUCGCGACAUUCAUGCCAUUUGGAUUCCCGAAAUACAGUUGGAUCUGUUGGCCGAAGGAGCGCGGCUCAAGAAAUUAAUGGAUGAAUACGGAUGUAUCAAUGUCUUUUUUGGGGAAGGAACGGGUGUGCAAGAAAUUGUCAAGGACAUGGAGGCCAAUGGGGAAGAGGUUCCUCGCGACGCCUUUGGUCACGUUUCCUUGGCCAAGAUCAAUCCAGGAAAGUACUUUAGUACACAUUUGGCCAAAGCGAUCGAAGCAGACAAGGUCAUUGUGCAAAAGUCUGGCUACUUUGCUCGGUCAGCGGCAGCCAAUGAAUUCGAUCGUGAUCUCAUUGGCAAAUGCGCCGAGGUGGGAGUACAGUGUGCCAUUGAUGGUGUUAGUGGUUGCAUGGGACAAGACGAAGAUAAGGAAGGGACGCCCAUUCGUGCCAUUGAGUUUGAACGCAUCAAGGGAGGCAAACCAUUCGAUAUCAAACAGGAUUGGUUCCAGCAAAUGCUCACUGAAAUCGGACAAGUGUAA